AUGCUUGUCAUGCAAUACACACACAUUCUAGUGCUACUAACACUGUAUCGCACUACCCAAGCUACUUGCACCAACACUACUGACCUCUACCCAAGCUACUUGCACCCAACACUUCUGACUAAGUGCCGAUCUGUUCUGUCUGUUUGUGUGCAGCCGUUUGUCGAAGAGUGUCUGAGCAAAGGCGCGUUAUCCGAGGCUGUGAAGUACAUCGCCAAGUGUCCGUUGGAGGAAAGGGUUGAACUGUACUGCGAUGCCCAAUACUUUAAAGAGGCAGUCGAGACAGCCGCAGCUCUGAAUUCUGAAGAG